AUGGCACCUACGAUUUCGCAGCUGGAGGAAAUCGACCAUAUUAUGCUUGUAUUAGGCCGUAAGUUCCGAGAGUUGACAAAAGUAGAAGACUCAUUCAAAGAAGAAGAUCUAGAAGAAAUUGCAAAGAAUACCAUUGACGAACAGCUACAAGAUCUCCUACGGAGUCCUCGGAUCAUUUUGGCACAAAAAAUGCUCCAACGCUAUGCAAAGGGUAAAAUGUCUCUCAUCGACAACAUAGUAGACGCCAAAAUGGGCACUUACAGCCAGAACUUCAAAAAAAUGAAGUUUUCUCUCGGAAACUCGAUGUCUUCUUCCACCACUCAAUCGCAGUCCGAAGCCCCAUCUGCCUCGGAUGAUGAAGAAGACUCGAACCAUUGGCCGCCAAAGCUUCCUAAAAUAAAAGAUGCGAGCCUAAGGCGACAGGUUUUCACACAUAGCUCAGCAGUUCAAAUGGCUGAACAUUUGACAAAAGCUGAGAUUUUACAAACCCAUAAUGAGCGCUUGGAAUUCAAAGGUGACUCAGUACUUGAUUAUAUUGUAUGUGGUAUGCUAUAUGAGAGGUUUCCGUUUGCCGAUGAGGGGUUGAUGACGGUUAGAAAGUCGAGUUUGGUGUGUAACUCCACGCUUUGGGAGCUCGCUAUGGCAUACAAGCUGCCUGAGAAGCUUAAAACCCAGGUUUCGUUCCACGACACCCCUAAUACACCACCACAUCUUCGCACCAAACUCAUCCCAGAUUUGUUCGAAGCUUAUGUUGGUGGAUUAGCCGUUGAUCAAGGGCUGGAGGUUGUUGAACAGUGGCUCACUAAACUCUAUGCACCAUUCUUAGACAAGAUUGCGAAGGACAAAACUACAAAAGCAAAUCAGGAAAAUGAAGUUGACCGCAUGGCUAAAACAGAGCUAUAUCAGAAGAUUGGUAGUAAGGAUCAAAUCCCUGAGUAUCUCACAAAAGACGUCGAUCCCCCUUUCACCGUGAACUGCGUAGUGAACGGCGAAGUCAUUGGGCAAGGUGUGGAUCAUAAUACUAAAAAAGCGGGAUUGAGAGCAGCAGCUGAUGCAUUAAAAAAUCGAGACGCAAUUGAGCGUCUUUCGGCUAAGCGUCGAUUAGAACCUCGUUCGGCACCCGUCACUACAGAUUGGAGUGAAAGCGAAGUGAAACAAGAAAAUCCAGUUUCUGAAGAUGCAGCUGGCGCCAAACAAGCGUUGUAUUUGGAGCUCGGCGGCGUAAAAGAGGCUAAACCAACGUACAGCGUAGUUCCCGACGCACCGGCAGUAACCGUUCAAUGCAUUUCACUUGGACAGAUUCUUUCUCAAGCUACUGCCUCCUCUAAAAGACAAGCCACCCAAGAGGCUGCAUUAUCUGCGCUCAAGAACCAUGAAGCUAUUAAAAAAAUACGAGAAACCCUUCAAGGGUAG